GGGGCACAUUACUCCAGCAGCCCGGGUGGCGGCAGCAGCCGGCUGAGGAGACGGAGGAGGAUGGACGCGGCGCCCCCGCCACAGCCGCCGGCCCCCGGCACGGUGAAGCGCCCGAUGAACGCCUUCAUGGUGUGGUCCAGCGAGGAGCGGAAGCGGGUGUCCGCCCGCCACCCGAAGAUGCACAACUCGGAGAUCAGCCGGCGGCUGGGGGAGGUGUGGCGGGGGCUGGCCGAGGACGAGCGGAGGCCCUACCGGGAGGAGGCCAAGCGGCUGCGGGCGCAGCACGCCCGGGACUACCCGGGCUACAAGUACGCCCCCCGCAAGAAGCGGAAGGAGAAGCGGGAGGGGCCCCCCGGGCCCCAGCUGCAGGAGGAGGGGGGAGCGGCCCCCCAGCCCCGGGACAUCAUGGGGGCAGAGAGGCAGCAGUACGCCGGCUACCAGGACCCCUAUAGUUACUUGCCUUACCACGGCCCGCCCAGGACGGACCUCCUUCCCCCUCCCAUCAGCGACGUUUCUGCACUGUACGGAUUUGGACUCUAUGAUUACGGGGAGCGGAGGGGCAUUCGCCCACAAGUCCACUACCCAACGGUGGAGGUGGAGAGCGGAGGAUCUCUUACCAGUCUAUGACCUGAGGAGCACUGGACAUCAUACCAAGGAAUAGAAUUGGGUUGUGUGGACCCCUCGCUACCUUCUCAUGAGGGUCACCAGCGUCCUCGGUUCCAAGGACUGUAGUCAGAGAUGCUGCGCGGUUUAUAUAGGCUGGAGACUAUGUAUGUGCGUCAUAGCAUAUGCUCCUAGGAGGUGCACAUCGAUGGGGGGCAUUAAAGUCCCUAUAGAAAUCAUAUAAGACCUUUCAUAGGUUAGAAUCUCCUGAGCUGAGCCAUACGGCGUGUGUACGGGGGAGCCUUAAUGUCAGGGCAGCUGUGUAGUUCUAGGGGGGCUUCUGGCUGCUAGCCGAUAGUGUAUGAACCCCGGAAGGACUGACGCCUCUGAGGUCUAGAAGUACGACUGAAGUCUCAAACACUGUGUUACUGGUAUUUUACACUCUAGAUUUUUUUAAUGAAAUUUGUAUUUUUUGUAGUGAAUUAUUAAAGUAAUAGGAAAUUAA